AUGAAGGGUCCCUGCAAGGCCUCGAAGAACGAAGAUCAAGACGGUGAUGCAGCAGCCACUGAACAUCAAACAGAGGUCCUGGAGCACAAGGAUUUGCGGACCACAGGUUCACACUCUGCUCUGGAAACAGAAGGUGCCUCAUCCUCCCCAUGGGGUUCUGGUUGGACUCCUCAAUUGGCCAUCUUCCUGCAAAGGCUUGGAGAACUGGUUCUGGCUACCCACUAUCUGGAGUCAUGCCAAGCUUGUGGUGUUGUGCUGGCUUCUUGUCUUCUGUGCCAAGGUAAUGCCUCAGAAAUGAACCUUUGGCACAGUGGCCUGGGACCCCAGAAAGUGCUGCUGCCCUCAGAUGUGAACCUGUCAGAGAAUCAGACUGGAGCUGCAGGGCUGCAGACUACAUGUAUUGGCCUGGCCUUAAACCCAGCUGUAGAGAAGCUGCAAUAGGAAGGGAAUGGCCUGCAGGAACAGGCUGCCCAGCACCUUGCUGCUCUCCUGAUGCUUCACACAGGCCUGAAAUCCCUAGAUCUCAGCUACCAUCAGCUCAAUGAUCUGGCAGGGGAGAGUGACCAGGCUGUGGUUUGGAAAGGAAGCAGAGACGAUAUGCCUACAGAUCGUAGCAGAACGUAUGAAGAUUCUGUUCCAAGUCCUUUUGCAAAAAGGGCUGUGGCAGGUCUCAAUGGUAAGGCAAAUAUAUUCUUGAAAGUUCUAGACAUCUCUCAUAACAGCUUUGGAGACGCUGGAGCUUCUACAAUAGAUGAGGUCCUCAAGGCCAACAACAUGUUGGAAGAACUAAAUAUGAGAAACAACCAAAUCUCCAUGGCAGGAGCCCUGAAGUUGGGACUGAGUCUGCAAGUCAACCAGACACUGCAGUUACAAGUGAUUUCCAAGAACCCCAUCCAAAGUGAAGGUUGUGUCUGUCUCCUUAAGUCUGUCCAGAACAACAGACUAUCUGCCCUGGAAUUACUGGGCUUGUCUGAUAGCCAAGUGAGCAGAGAGUGUGAUGACCUCAUUAGCUCCAUGAACAUGAUUCCUCCAGGACUUUGUAUAAAGAGUAACACUUCCAGAAGAAAAGACUGGCCACCAACCUCCAGACCAUCCCCGGUGGCAGCUACUCCAAGUGACUCUGGCCUUGUCUCUAAUAUGCCAUGUUAA